UCCCUGGGAGAGGCAGGCAAUGCCUGCACCUGCGGCCAAGGUCACUUGACAAACCGGUGGACACGUAUUGCAUGCCUCAGGCGAGAUGUGCACCGCUAAGGGUGCGUCAGUCCCCUGGGCCUUAGCUGUGUCCAGAUCAAGUGUCCACCCAUCCAUGGGACAGGCUGCCCCGGCUCGACCUGCCCAGCCUCUGACUCAUCAGGCUGGUGACCAAAUAACGGGAAACCUAUCCACACCCAGUUCAUCCCUGCUCCCCUAAGGCUUACAGAGGGUUGUUAGAACUGACUGCCUGGGAGGUAGACCCGGUGGCCACCACGUCUCCCAGGUCCGCACUUCUCUUAGAACAGCCAUGGCUCCAAAGCGCAAGCUCCAAGUGCAGCAUGAGGGUCCUGAGAAGAAAGGGCGACAGGGAGCAGAAGAAGAGGACAGUUUUCGUUCCACUGCUGAGGCCCUUAAGGCCGCGCCCGCAGAGAAGUUCAUAGCCCGAGUAGAUCCCUCAUGUCCACUCAGCUGCAACCCUGGAACCCAGGUGCAUGAAGACCACGACUGUACUCUGAACCAAACCAACAUUGGGAGCAACAACAACAAGUUCUACAUCAUCCAGCUCCUGGAAGAAGCUGGCUGCUUCUUCUGCUGGACCCGCUGGGGAUGUGUGGGAGAGGUGGGCCAGUCAAAGCUCAACCGCUUCGUGUCACUGGAGGAUGCAAAGAAGGAUUUUGAGAAGAAAUUUCGGGACAAGACCAAGAACAGCUGGGCAGAGCGGGACCGCUUUGUGGCCCACCCCGGCAAGUAUACACUUAUCGAAGUGCAGAGAGAGGACGAGGCCCAGGAAGCCGUGGUGCAGGCGGACGGAGGCCCAGUGAGGGCUGUGGUUCAGCGGGUGCGGCCCUGCUCCUUGGACGCAGCCACACAGAAGCUCAUCACCAACAUCUUCAGCAAGGACAUGUUCCAGAAUGCCAUGGCGCUCAUGGACCUGGAUGUGAAGAAGAUGCCCCUGGGGAAGCUGAGCAAGCAGCAGAUCGCCCGGGGUUUCGAGGCCUUGGAGGCAGUGGAGGCGGCCUUGAAAGCCCCCGCAGACAGUGGGCACAGCCUGGAGGAGCUGUCCUCCCACUUCUACACCGUCAUUCCCCACAACUUCAGCCACAGCCGGCCCCUGCCCAUCAACUCCCCCAAGCUUCUGCAGGCCAAGAAGGACAUGUUGCUGGUCCUGGCGGACAUCGAGCUGGCCCAGACCCUGCAGGCCACCCCCGAGGAGACAAAGAAAGUGGAGGAGGUGCCGCACCCACUGGACCGAGAAUACCAGCUCCUCAAGUGCCAGCUCCAGCUGCUGGACCCAGAGACGCCUGAGUACAAGGUGAUACAUGCCUACUUAAAACACUAGCAACAGCUACAGGCCCCCUGCUCUUCAACAUGUUUGGAAAGUGGACCGAGAAGGGGAGGCAGAUCAGUUCCAGGUCCACGCUAAGCUGGGCAAUCGGAAGCUACUGUGGCAUGGCACCAAUGUGGCUGUGGUGGCCGCCAUCCUCACCAGUGGGCUCCACAUUAUGCCACAUUCUGGAGGCCGGGUCGGCAAGGGCAUCUACUUCGCCUCAGAGAACAGCAAGUCGGCUGGCUAUGUUACUGGCAUGUCCUGCGGGGCCCAUUGCGUUGGCUACAUGUUCCUGGGUGAGGUGGCACUGG